CAGUGUCGCAACGGCAGUAGCUACAGCAACAACGAAAUCAACGACGGCGACGGCAUCACUGUUCUCGUCCAAAGACAAUCGAAAUAUUAAAGAAAAUUUUAAUAAUAUUGGCGUCGCGUUUUUCGCGUUCAUAUUUAUAACGUCUUUUGAACGGCACACUCGUCGCGCCGUCAACGCGUCGGGAUAAAAUAAAACCGUAUUCAAUUUCGUAUUUAUUUAUUUAUUUAUUUAUUUUUUAUUAAAUUUUCUUUUACAACUACAGCGGUCGCAUCCGAUCGCGUACGAUAUAACAUAAGUAGACGUUUAUAAAUUGUUGCGUCGCCGUUAAUAGCUGCAAUAACGCCACCAUCAGUACUUAGAGAUCCAGCUGCAGCCAAACACAGACAACUCCACGGGUCUUACCGGUACGUAACCGGCAGAGGGCGCGGAUCACGUAGCCCGACGGCGACGACGACGACGUCGACUACUACCACUACCACCACCGACCCGACGUCGAAGAGACCCAGCGACAUUCGGUGUCGUUUUUUUCGAAUAUAAUACCUAACCUACCUAUACACAUUAUUGUUUUGCGUGUCUACGUCGAAAUCUCGUAAUCGUAUCGUACACACGCACAGGCGCUCGCGCACGCCCGCACACCUCACACCAACACUAGCGCACGCGCACGCACACAACGCGAAACCGGUAUGUCAGCUGUGGCGGCAGUGGCGGCGGCGGCGACCGCGACGGACGAUCCGGACGGAUACGAAGCCGGCAGUCAGGAGGACGACAUGGGAGCCGCCGAACGGGACUUGGCCGAGGACGCGCGCUGGAAGCUCAUCCAGCAGAACACGUUUACCCGGUGGGCCAAUGAGCACCUGAAGACGGCCGGAAAGGCCAUCGGCAAUCUGGAAACGGACCUGGGCGACGGUCUGCGGUUGAUCGCGCUCAUCGAGGUGCUCAGCGGUAAGCGAUUGCCCAAGCACAACAAACGGCCGACGUUCCGGUCGCAAAAGCUGGAAAACGUGUCCGUGGCGCUCAAGUUCCUCGACGACGAGAACAUAAAGCUGGUUAACAUAGAUUCUUCUGAUAUUGUUGAUUGCAAAUUGAAAUUGAUUUUGGGAUUAAUAUGGACGUUGAUUUUACAUUACUCUAUAUCGAUGCCAAUGUGGGAUGGCGAAUUUGGUGGCGAGCAAGUACCAAACGAUAAAGGACCGACACCAAAACAAAGAUUGUUGAACUGGAUCCAGAGUAAGGUACCCGAUAUACCGAUUUCGAAUUUCACUACAGAUUGGAAUGACGGAAAAGCUGUCGGUGCUUUGGUGGACGCCGUGGCUCCGGGUUUGUGUCCGGACUGGCAAGAUUGGAAGUCCAACAACGCACUUAAAAACGCAUCGGAAGCCAUGGGCUUAGCUGACGAUUGGCUUAACAUAAAACAACUCAUCAAACCUGAAGAAUUGGUUAGCCCCAACAUGGACGAGCAAUCCAUGAUGACCUAUCUAUCUCAGUAUCCGAACGCAAAGUUGAAACAAGGAGCACCGAUUAGAUCGAAAACCAAUCCAAGCCGCGUUCGCGUUUAUGGUCCCGGAAUUGAACCCUCUGGACCAGUUGUGGGAGCCAAAACAAAUUUUACCGUCGAAACGUUUUCCGCUGGCAAAGGAACAGUCAACGUUACUGUGGAAAAUCCCAAAGGAAAAGCCGAACCGGUUGAUCUGGUUUUCAACAAUGACCGAAGUCAAACUUACACAGCUACGUACAAGCCGAUCGUUGAAGGACCGCAUAAAGUACAUGUGAACUUUUCCGGCGUUCCUACUCCGAAAUCUCCGUAUCAUGUUAACGUAGAUGCAUCGGCUGGUGAUCCAAACAAAGUUAAUGUCUUCGGGCCUGGUAUACAGCCUGAAGGUGUGUUCACAAGCAGACCUACUUAUUUCGAAAUCCAUACAAAAGAUGCCGGAAAAGGUGUUCCUAAGGUGAUAAUUCUCGAUCCUGCUGGCCGGGAGAACACGAUACCGGUGAAACUCAAGAAAGAACCUAACGGAGUGUAUAUAUGCGAUUACACGCCAGUCGUCCAGGGAGUGCACUCUGUCAAUGUUUUCUUCGCAAAUCAACCUAUCCCGCUGAGUCCAUUCGCUGUAGGCGUAUCAAAUGCAUCGGAUGCUAAACGCGUAAGGGCCUUUGGACGUGGUAUACAACCGCAUGGACUUAGAGUUCAAGAUGAAGCGAAAUUCAAAAUUGUCACAGAAGGAGCAGGCGAAGGCGUUCCCGAUGUGAACGUAAUCGGACCGGGUGGAGUCAAAGAACCUGUAAACAUAAAAAAACUUGACGCGCACACGUAUGAAGCAACAUACUAUCCGAGGAAAGUUGGACGGCAUGUAGUGAUGGUGACCUUUGGAGGGGUAGAAAUUCCAAAAGCACCAUUCGAAGUUCACGUCACCCCAUUCAAGGAGACUUUGAUUCGUGCUUAUGGUCCUGGACUUACUGGUGGCGUAGUUUCACAUCCAGCAAUGUUCACGGUCGAAACCAACGGAGAAACCGGUUCGCUAGGAUUCAGUAUUGAAGGACCAUCAAAGGCGAAAAUUGAUUGUCAGGACAACGGCGACGGGUCUGCGGAUGUCAGGUAUUAUCCGAUGGCGCCAGGAGAGUACGCUGUGCAUAUAUUAUGCGAUAACGAGGACAUACCGAAGUCGCCCUACAUGGCGAACGUCGUACCUAGUACAGAUUUCUAUCCUGACAAAGUAAAUUGUUACGGGAGUGGACUGCAACCAAAUGGUGUUAUACAAGGAAAACCGGCUGAAUUUGUCGUGGACACGAAAAAGGCUGGUGUAGCUCCUCUUGACGUAAAGGUGAUCGAUUCAAAUGGAAACUUUGUAGAACCCAUUUUGAAAGACAACAAAGAUGGUACAUUUUCUUGCAAGUACGUCCCGAAAGCGAUCGGUAAACACACGUUACAGGUCAGUUAUGGAGGCGUUGCCGUUCCACAAAGUCCAUUCCGCGUUUUCGUGUCACAACCAUUGAACGCGAACAAAGUACAAAUAUUUGGUCCUGGUAUCGAAUCCGGUGUCAAGACCAAUAAACCCAAUCAUUUCACCAUCGAUUGUUCUGAUGCUGGAAUCGGCGAGUUGAACGUAAAUCUGGUUAACGAAAAAGGAGUCAACGUGCCAUUGCAAGUGAACGACAACGAAGACGGUUCGUUCCUUAUUGACUAUGUCCCGACCACUUCAGGUGUUCAUAAUUUGAAUUGCACUUAUGGCGGAGUCAAGGUGCCUAAUUGCCCGAUCAAGAUCAAUGUACAGUCUCCGGUAGACUUGUCUAAAGUCAAAGUGGAUGGUCUUGAAACGCUGGCGCCGGUCAACAGUCUUCAGCAGUUCCGGGUGAUGACGCGGGAGGCGGGUCGCGCGGAAUUCGCGGUGGUGAUCACCAGCCCGUCCGGCGGUUCGGUGACGGCGCACGUGGUGCCCGUGGCCGACGGUUACGUGGUCAACUUCACGCCGACCGAGGUGGGCGAGUACCGGUUGAGCGUGACGCUGGGCGGCGAACAGGCCGGCCGCCAGUACCGGAUGACGUGCACGCGCGCCAGCGACCCGAGCAAGGUGACGGCCCGCGGGCCCGGGCUGGCCGGCGGCCCGGUCAACCGGCCCGCCGAGUUCACCAUCGACACGAAGCGCGCCGGCCAGGGCGGCCUGGGCGUGACCGUCGAGGGCCCGUGCGAGGCGGCCAUCAAUUGCCGGGACAACGGGGACGGCACGUGCUCGGUGGCCUACAUGCCCGUCGAGGCCGGCCACUACGUCAUCAACAUCACGUUCGACGACCACCCGAUUCCCGGGUCGCCGUUCAACGCGCUGGUCGGCGGCCGGGCGGCCGGCGACGCGCCGCGGCCGCCCAACAACGUCAAGGCGUCCGGCAACGGUCUGCUGGCCAACGGAGUUUUCUUGGGAUCGCCGACUGACUUCUCCGUGGAUUCGAGAGCCGUCGCCAAGUAUGGCCAAGGAGUUGUUACGUGUACGGUGACUAAUCCAUCUGGUAGCCGGACCGAAACGUUCAUAACGCCUCAAAGCGACGGAACGUAUAAAAUCAGUUACACCCCGUUCGAAGAAGGACCACACACCAUUGACAUUUAUUACGACGGCGUGCCCAUAGUCGGCUCACCGUUCUCCGUGAACGUGAAACGAGGAACUGACGCCAGCAAGUGCAGAGCGUUCGGACCGGGUCUGACCAAAGGAAUAAUCAACAAAGUCAACGCUUUUACCGUCGAAACAAAAGGUGCUGGCACUGGAAGCUUAGGUUUGGCCAUUGAAGGACCGUCUGAGGCGAAAAUGACAUGCAAAGACAAUCGUGAUGGUUCAUGUUCGGUCGAAUAUACGCCUACAGAAUCUGGUGAUUACGAUGUGAGCAUUCAGUUUGCUGAAAAACAUAUUCCUGGAUCACCAUUUAAGGUUACGGUCGAUCGUCCUGCAUCUGUGAAUGAUAUCAAGGUGAGCGGACCCGGUAUUAAUCCAAAGUAUUGCAGGGCCAACACUCCCAUCACGUUUAAAGUGGACGCUUCAAAAUCUGCUAAAGGAAAUGUAGACGUAAAAAUGGCAACCGACAAAGGUCCGUUACAACAGAAGCCGAUUAUUCGAGACAAUGAAGACGGGACAUACGAUGUAACUUACACUCCUAAUCCAGAAGGUGCUCUGCUUACAGCUAACGUAUUGUACAACGGACAUCAAGUACCAGACAGUCCUUUCAAGCUCAGAGUUCGGCCUAAGUUCGAAUUGGAUAAAAUCAAGAUUGAAGGCCCCGGUGUUUCGGACUCUCGAGGUGUUAAAGCUUCUGUUCCCACUUAUUUCGUCGUGGAUGCCACUGACGCGGGUUCCGGAAAACUGGACUUGAGAAUUAUGGGACCUGAUGGUUUUCCUAGGCCAGUCGAUAUCGAAAAGAAAGAUAAUUUAUACAAAAUCAAAUAUACUCCGGACGACUGUGGUCGGUACACGAUUGAUGCGCUUUAUGACGGUAAACCGUUACCGCAAUCGCCGAUUCACGUACAGUCGUACUCCACUGGAAAUGCGGAGAAUUGUCGUAUCAUGGGGAACGUAGAGAGCCGAAUACUGAUGGGUAGAAAUCACAGCAUCACCGUGAACGCCAGGAACUGCGGCGACGGGAACGUGACGUGCCGGAUAAGACCGGUGGACGGGCAUUACUUUGUAAACACCGAAGUCUUGCCGAAAAACGAUGGCACGUACGUGGUCAACUAUUCGAUUAAAGAGCCCGGGGACUAUACGAUGACGAUGAAGUACGGUGGUCAGCCGGUCAGAGACGGGUUUUACAAAUUUACGGCCACCGAAGGAACGGUCGGUGUAAGACGAUUACCCCGAGACUUUGCCGAACAACUGCGCUUCGACGAGUACGCGCAACAGACAACCACCACCACCUCAUCGACAACCACCACAACCAACGGCAACGAUUAUAGGCCCGUGUCUUUGGACAAGAUACCAGUACCUUCGUGUGGUGGACAUUUGACAGCUGACAUUACGAUGCCGAGUGGUAAACGUGAUCAACCAUCCGUCGAGGAUAAUCACGAUGGAACUGUCUCACUUAAAUAUGAUCCUAAGGAAGAAGGCUUGCACGAACUAUUCGUAAAGUACAAUGGAGAAAACGUUCAAGGUUCGCCUUUCAAAUUCCAUGUCGACUCCAUUACCAGCGGACACAUAACAGCGUACGGACCAGGACUUACACACGGCGUCAGCGGAGAACCGUCGGAUUUCACCAUAUACACAAAAGGAGCUGGAGCUGGUGGUCUCUCAUUGGCUGUGGAAGGUCCCAGCAAGGCUGACAUCAGUUGUCACGAUAACAAAGAUGGCACAGUGUCCGUCACAUACCUGCCAACAGCGCCCGGAGAAUACAGGAUUUCUGUCAAGUUUGGUGACAAACACAUCAAAGGAAGCCCGUACAAUUCCAAAGUCACAGGCGAGGGCCGAAAGAGAAACCAGAUAUCUGUGGGUUCAUGCAGCGAGGUGUCAUUGCCCGGCAAAGUGCUUGACAAGGACUUCCGGCUAUUGAACGCAUCGAUCCAAGCGCCGAGUGGUCUCGAAGAACCUUGUUUCUUGAAACGCCUGCCAAACGGAAACUUAGGUAUAUCGUUUACCCCGAGAGAAAUCGGCCAGCACGUAGUGUCUGUGAAAAGGAUGGGUCAACAUAUCGUUAACUCACCGUUUAAAAUAACUGUAGGCGAGCGAGAAGUUGGCGAUGCGAAAAAAGUCAAAGUUACUGGUAACGGGUUGAAAGAAGGCAAAACACAUGUAGAAAAUUUGUUCACGGUGGACACGAGGAGCGCUGGUUAUGGUGGUUUAUCACUUUCUAUCGAAGGUCCUAGCAAAGCAGAAAUCCAAUGUAAGGACAACGAAGACGGUACAUUAAACAUAUCGUACAGACCCACGGAACCAGGAUACUAUAUCGUAAAUCUGAAGUUCGCCGACCAUCACGUUGAUGGUUCACCUUUCACCGUUAAAGUCACUGGCGAAGGAAGCAACUGUCAGCGCGAGAAAAUUGAACGGAGAAGGGAAGCCGUACCUCUCACCGAGGUGGGCAGCAACUGCAAACUUACAUUCAAGAUGCCUGGUGUGUUGCCAUAUGAUUUAUCCUCAACGGUUACAUCGCCGGGUGGCAUCACGGAAGAUGCUGAAAUCAACGAAAUCGAAGAUGGACUUUAUGCGGUUCAUUUUGUACCGAAAGAAUUGGGCGUGCACACAGUGUCGGUCCGGUAUAAGGAAGUCCACAUACCCGGAUCGCCAUUCCAAUUUACCGUCGGUCCUUUGAGCGAUGGUGGAGCUCAUCGCGUACAUGCUGGAGGUUCUGGUCUAGAACGUGGUGAACAAGGGCAACCGUGCGAAUUUAACGUGUGGACUAGGGAGGCCGGACCGGGUUCACUAGCCAUUUCAGUCGAAGGUCCCAGCAAGGCGGAAAUUGAUUUCAAAGACCGCAAAGAUGGCUCAUGUUAUGUUAGUUACGUCGUAGGUGAACCAGGAGAAUACCGAAUUGGAAUUAAAUUUAACGACCAGCACAUACCUGACUCACCAUACAAGCUGUUUAUAUCGCCAGCAAUGGGUGACGCGCACAAGCUAGAAGUUGCACAAUUCCCAACGUCUGGAGUCCAAGCCGAUUACCCCGCACAAUUUAUUGUUCGCAAAAACGGUGCUGUCGGUCAACUCGACGCUAAGGUGGUGUCACCGUCUGGAACCGAAGACGACUGUUUCAUCCAAUCAAUCGAUCAAGACAUGUACUCUGUUCGUUUUAUGCCCCGCGAUAAUGGCGUUCACAACAUACACGUCAAGUUCAAUGGGGUUCACAUUCCAGGAUCGCCUUACCGCCUGAAGGUUGGCAAAGGAGACGCUGACCCAGCUGCCGUGCAUGCUACUGGCAGUGGUUUGGGAGACGUCAAGACAGGACACAAGACCGAUUUCAUUGUGGACACUUGCAACGCGGGUGCCGGUACAUUGGCUGUAACCAUAGACGGACCAAGUAAAGUUUCCAUGGACUGUACCGAAGUCGAAGAAGGCUACAAAGUCAGGUACACACCGCUGGUGCCAGGCGAAUAUUACAUCAGUUUGAAAUACAACGGAUAUCAUAUCGUUGGUUCGCCAUUCAAAGUCACUUGUACUGGUGAGGAUUUGGCUGAGCGUGGGCCACAAGAAACAAGCUCGGUGGUUGUGGAAACCGUACACAAAGUGUCUAAGUCUCACAAGGGUGGUGCCGGUGUCGUUCUGCCACACUUCAAGUCGAACGCUACACUUGUCACAAGCAAAGGAAUGGGCUUGAAGAAAGCAUAUGUGGGAAAACAAAAUCUAUUCAGCAUUAGUGCUUCUGACGCCGGUAACAAUAUAUUAUUCGUUGGUAUUUAUGGACCCAAGGGACCGUGUGAGGAGAUAUUUAUCAAACACAUGAAACAGAAUAACUACCAAGUGAGCUAUAUCGUCCGAGAACGUGGCGAAUACAUUUUACUGGUCAAGUGGGGCGAUGAUCACAUACCCGGCUCACCGUUCAAAAUCGAAACCUAAAUUAAAACAAAUAGAAAUAAAAAUGAAAAAAAAAAAAAAAAAAAAAAAAACAACAACAAAUGGUUCGAAACUAGAAGACAUCGAUCUAAUCAAUCCAUGAUAUGAACAAGUGAACUCAUAUUAUUAUAUCAUUACCAUAAUCACAAAUAGGAAGAAACAAGAAACAGGUGUCCGUCCGUCGGAAUAAAAUUAUGGUUCUACCAAAUUUACAUGCUGUAAUUUAUUAUUGUUUGUUUCCGACUUAAUAUUAUCAUUUAAUACUUGUACAACAAAAAAAAAAAAAAAAAACACUCAUUUGUUUUAGAAAAUAAUUAUUUAUGUUUAUUCGAAUGUCGAAUCUUAUCUUAUUUAUUUUAUAUAUUACUCAUAGUGACUAUAUCAUAAUGUUUGUUAGUCAGAUUAUUAAUCAUUUUAUUUAUUUAUAUUAUAUUAUUAAACAAUAUAUUAUUAUUAUUCAACAUUGUAAUAAGUUAAUGUUCAACGAAACGUUCCGUAAGAUUUAAUAUUGAUUCGCCAGAAAUAUAAUUAUCUAAUAUUAUUUUAUAUACCUACUUCGAAAUAGUUAAUAGCGUUCGUCGUCUAACCAAUUAUUAAACAACAUUCAGUGUGGUAUAAGGUAUUUAACUUAUAGCUAACCACUUCGUAUCUUCUUUAUGUGUACUGAUUCAAUAUGAUUUUAUACAAUAUACAUUAAUAUUAUACCUAAAUAUAUUUAUACAAAAUGGGAUGCCUGUAAAUAAAGAUUCUAUAUCAUUACGUUAUAUUA